ACAACACCUGCAACACCUGCUGGUGAUGAAGCUGAGGUUGUGAAGGGGUUGAGCAGCCACUAGAGAGAAGGGUUCACCCAAGACCCCGCAAGUUAUCGUUGAUGAUGGAGAACCAGACUGUGAUGGAGCCAGAGGACUCCAUCCCUCUUAACUGCUCCUUCUUGCUGUACAUUGACCCUUACAACGGCUCCGAGUUCCUCAACGACACCAACUGUAGUUUGGGUUUGUUUGAGGGAGGCGUGAGCCGCAUGAGCACAGCGGCUGUGGUCAUCACACAGCUCUUCUACGCCAUCACGUGUGUGGUGGGACUGUGCGGCAACACCCUGGUGAUAUACGUCGUAACGAGGUUCUCCAAGAUGCAAACAGUGACCAACCUCUACAUCCUCAACCUCGCUAUAGCCGACGAGUUGUUUGUAGUUGGUAUCCCCUUCUUAAUGACCACUUCGAUGCUGGGCCACUGGCCCUUCGGCUCCAUUAUGUGUAAGUUAUAUAUGAUAACGACUUCGCUCAACCAGUUUACCAGUUCGUUGUUCCUGACUAUCAUGAGUGCUGACCGGUAUAUCGCUGUCUGUCACCCUAUCAGUUCCCCUAGGUUCAGGACGCCUAUGAUCUCCAAGUUGGUGUCCUUGACGGCUUGGACUCUCUCCGCCCUGAUGAUAGUGCCAGUGUUCAUGUACUCGAACACACUCGAGGAUAACGGGCUAGAUAACUGUAAUAUCUUCUGGCCUGAGAGUGAAGGCGUGCGAGGGGAGAUAGCUUUUAUCAGGUAUUCCUUCGCCCUGGCGUUCGGGGCGCCUCUGGCACUCAUAUUCAUCUUCUACAGCUUAGUCUUGCACAAGCUUAAGACCGUCGGACCAAAGUCCAAAUCGAAAGAGAAGAAAAAGUCCCGCCAGAAGGUGACGCGGUUGGUGUUAACGGUCAUUACCGUCUACGUCAUCUGUUGGCUCCCGUACUGGGUGCUGCAGCUGACUCUCAUCCUCAGCACGCCCAAACAAGGCCACACUAACUUCAUGGUUGUCCUCUUCAUGAUAUCCUCGUGUCUAUCCUACAUCAACUCAGCCCUCAACCCCAUCCUCUACGCCUUCCUCAGCGACAACUUCAAGAAAAGCUUCAUGAAAGCUUGCACCUGCGCCGCCAGGAUGGAUGUCAACAACGCACUCAAGCCUGAGAACUCCAUGUUUCCCCUACGGCAGCGAGGAGCGUCUACGAGGUCUCGCAUCACCCGGAGAGACAGAGAGUCCGGGGAAGGCACCACCUCGCAGUGUGGCCUGAGCAAGGAGCCCUCCACUGCCCUCACCACCUCAAACUCUAGACUCAACCACAACCUGGUCAUUAUUGGUGAUGAACUCACAGUCAGAAAUGGCCGCUCGCCCGGACCACGCCUUCCUGAUCUACUCCAGUAGAGUGCGUCUCCACUCUACCACCUGUAGAGUGCGUCGACUCCACCUGUAGAGUGUAGGGGUCGCUACUGUCAGAAAGCGUCGUCUAAACCAAUAGAGUGCGUCAUCUUCCAGGUAUAAGAGUGUACACUCGCCUCUCAUCUUAUAUAAUGUGUGGGCUGCUCUGCCACCAAGAUUAGCGUGACAGGUGGCGUGACAGCCGUGACAGGUACUGUGACAGCCGUGACAGGUACUGUGACAGCCGUGACAGGUACUGUGAAAGCCGUGACAGGUACUGUGAAAGCCGUGACAGGUGUCAUGAUAACUGUGACAGGUACUGUGACAGCCGUGACAGGUGUCAUGAUAACUGUGACAGGUACUGUGACAGCCGUGACAGGUGUCAUGAUAACUGUGACAGGUACUGUGACAGCCGUGACAGGUGUCAUGAUAACUGUGACAGGUACUGUGACAGCCGUGACAGGUGUCAUGAUAACUGUGACAGGUACUGUGACAGCCGUGACAGGUACUGUGACAGCCGUGACAGGUGUCAUGAUAACUGUGACAGGUACUGUGACAGCCGUGACAGGUACUGUGACAGCCGUGACAGGUGUCAUGAUAACUGUGACAGGUACUGUGACAGCCGUGACAGGUACUGUGAAAGCCGUGACAGGUGUCAUGAUAACUGUGACAGGUACUGUGACAGCCGUGACAGGUGUCAUGAUAACUGUGACAGGUACUGUGACAGCCGUGACAGGUGUCAUGAUAACUGUGACAGGUACUGUGACAGGUGUCCUUCUACGGCUGAACUCGUAUCUCAAUAGCUAUAUGGACACCUUAGCAUUCAACACGCCAUCCUGUUGUUAGUUGAGUACUUCACCUGCCACCACCUGUUGUUAGUUGAGUACUUCAGCUGCCACCAUCUGUUGUUAGUUGAGUACUUCACCUGCCACCACCUGUUGUUAGUUGAGUACUUCACCUGCCACCAUCUGUUGUUAGUUGAGUACUUCAGCUGCCACCACCUGUUGUUAGUUGAGUACUUCAGCUGCCACCACCUGUUGUUAGUUGAGUACUUCACCUGCCACCACCUGUUGUUAGUUGAGUACUUCACCUGCCACCACCUGUUGUUAGUUGAGUACUUCACCUGCCACCACCUGUUGUUAGUUGAGUACUUCACCUGCCACCAUCCUGUUGUUAGUUGAGUACUUCACCUGCCACCACCUGUUGUUAGUUGAGUACUUCACCUGCCACCAUCCUGUUGUUAGCUGAGUACUUCACCUGCCACCACCUGUUGUUAGUUGAGUACUUCACCUGCCACCACCUGUUGUUAGUUGAGUACUUCACCUGCCACCAUCCUGUUGUUAGUUGAGUACUUCACCUUCCACCACCUGUUGUUAGUUGAGUACACUUAUUGGAGAAAUUAUGUGUGUGUUGGAGAGUCAAUAAUAAUCAUAGCAGAUGGUUCAAUGACUUUAGUUGGGUGAGUCAAGACAGUGACAAAACAGUGACAUGACAAGUGACAUGACAAGUGACAUGACAGGGGGAUCACCCUGACACUUCAAGAUAUUAACUACCACUGAGCUUAUUAAGGCAGAUUAUAUGCUAAGGCAAUAUUUUGAUCAAUUCAAGAAUAUUAUGAACACAGAAUAGCAACUGGCCUUACAAAGCCCCUCUACUGGGACCAGGCUCUGUGGUAGAGCCUGGUCCCUCUACUGGGACCAGGCUCUGUGGUAGAGCCUGGUCCCUCUACUGGGACCAGGCUCUGUGGUAGAGCCUGGUCCCUCUACUGGGACCAGGCUCUGUGGUAGAGCCUGGUCCCUCUACUGGGACCAGGCUCUGUGGUAGAGCCUGGCCCCUCUACUGGGACCAGGCUCUGUGGUAGAGCCUGGUCCCUCUACUGGGACCAGGCUCUGUGGUAGAGCCUGGCCCCUCUACUGGGACCAGGCUCUGUGGUAGAGCCUGGCCCCUCUACUGGGACCAGGCUCUGUGGUAGAGCCUGGCCCCUCUACUGGGACCAGGCUCUGUGGUAGAGCCUGGCCCCUCUACUGGGACCAGGCUCUGUGGUAGAGCCUGGCCCCUCUACUGGGACCAGGCUCUGUGGUAGAGCCUGGCCCCUCUACUGGGACCAGGCUCUGUGGUAGAGCCUGGUCCCUCUACUGGGACCAGGCUCUGUGGUAGAGCCUGGUCCCUCUACUGGGACCAGGCUCUGUGGUAGAGCCUGGUCCCUCUACUGGGACCAGGCUCUGUGGUAGAGCCUGGCCCCUCUACUGGGACCAGGCUCUGUGGUAGAGCCUGGUCCCUCUACCGGGAACAGGCUCUGUGGCAGAGCCUGGUCCCUCUACCGGGAACAGGCUCUGUGGUAGAGCCUGGUCCCUCUACUGGGACCAGGAUCUGUGGUAGAGCCUGGCCCCUCUACUGGGACCAGGCUCUGUGGUAGAGCCUGGCCCCUCUACUGGGACCAGGCUCUGUGGUAGAACCUGGUCCCUCUACCGGGAACAGGCUCUGUGGUAGAGCCUGGUCCCUCUACCGGGAACAGGCUCUGUGGCAGAGCCUGGUCCCUCUACCGGGAACAGGCUCUGUGGUAGAGCCUGGCCCCUCUACCGGGAACAGGCUCUGUGGCAGAGCCUGGUCCCUCUACCGGGAACAGGCUCUGUGGUAGAGCCUGGUCCCUCUACCGGGAACAGGCUCUGUGGUAGAGCCUGGUCCCUCUACCGGGAACAGGCUCUGUGGUAGAGCCUGGUCCCUCUACCGGGAACAGGCUCUGUGGUAGAGCCUGGUCCCUCUACCGGGAACACCUUUGAGCCAAACUCACCGUCCUGAUUAGCAUACCAACACACCCACAUUAAAAUGUACUCUCUGACUAGACUUGGUGAAAACUCCUUCACUGUGGCCAAUCAGGGAGCAGGAUACACACUAGUCCUGCUAAACUACCAAUCAGGAAGGCAGUCUGUGCCUCUGGGCACCAUCCUGGCUCUAGGCUGUGAAAUUGGCCUCACUGGUUGUUAACUAAAGACGGAAGAUUAUCUCGGUAUCUGAUUGGUAACAUCAAGGCUUCGCCUGUUCAAACUUGUCACCUGUCAAGGCUGGCAUGGCAUGGCUCAGCUGUCAAGGCUGGCGUGGCAUGGGUCACCUGUCAAGGCUGGCAAGGCAUGGGUAACCUGUCAAGACUGGAAUCUCAUGGAUCACCUGUCAAGGCUGGCAAGGCAUGGGUCACCUGUCAAGACUGGAAUCUCAUGGAUCACCUGUCAAGACUGGAAUCUCAUGGGUCACCUGUCAAGGCUGGCAUGGCAUGGGUCACCUGUCAAGGCUGGCAUAUCAUGGGUCACCUGUCAAGGCUGCUAGUGGUGGUAGGUGAGUAAUUAGUACACAGAGAUGGUGGUUCAGUAAACAGUUCAUAACACCAUUAAAGGGUUUAAUGUAAUAUUUUCACCUACGGGUCAGGUCAGAAAGGAUAUCGGAAGCGCCAGGUUGUCGGCCCUGUAGGUCCUCCAGAGUCACACCUCUCAGGUGUUAAUUACAACAGGUUGCCUUCGGGUCAGGUCCUGUGAGGUGACCUCGCUUCUCCUAAACUGUUAAUUGCAACUGUUUGGCUGCGUUGUUUUCCAUCAAACAAGCCGCUAUCUAGGUGUGGUUGGUAGAUAGCCAGAGGCUCUCUCCUGGUAGGCGGAGUUUGGCCCCCCUGUUGCCCCAUUAAUACCGACAUAUAUUGUGUUUCCUAACUUACGUGUUGUGUGAUCUCCAGAAGUUGUCAGCCGUAGGUGCUGUCAACCCCUUGUGUGAUGACUCAAAUUAGUGUAUUAUCUUUACAAUCGAAUAUCAGGUGAUUUGGUUGAAUUAUGAGUGAAUAUACAAUGGUAAAUAUAUAAUUGAUUAACUUACUUUUUAAAAUUGCAUUUAAUUGUGAUCCCUAGAUCUUGGAUAUCCUAUGAUAUAAUGAAAGCUAGAGUGGAGAGCUAGAGUACAGGCUUACAGUGGAGAGCUAGAGUACAGGCUUACAGUGGAGAGCUAGAGUACAGGCUUACAGUGGAGAGCUAGAGUACAGGCUUACAGUGGAGAGCUAGAGUACAGGCUUACAGUGGAGAGCUAGAGUACAGGCUUACAGUGGAGAGCUAGAGUACAGGCUUACAGUUGAUACAUGAUAACACGAGGUAAUAUUAUGGUGCAGACAGGGUUCCAUUCCUUGUCUUAGAGCUCAUUAUUGAGUGGAUGGUGGCAGCACUCUCUUUAAUGUAUAUUAUUGAGUGGAUGGUGGCAGCACUCUCUUUAAUGUAUAUUAUUGAGUGGAUGGUGGCAGCACUCUCUUUAAUAUAUAUUAUUGAGUGGAUGGUGGCAGCACUCUCUUUAAUGUAUAUUAUUGAGUGGAUGGUGGCAGCACUCUCUUUAAUGUAUAUUAUUGAGUGGAUGGUGGCAGCACUCUCUUUAAUGUAUAUUAUUGAGUGGAUGGUGGCAGCACUCUCUUUAAUAUAUAUUAUUGAGUGGAUGGUGGCAGCACUCUCUUUAAUAUAUAUUAUUGAGUGGAUGGUGGCAGCACUCUCUUUAAUGUAUAUUAUUGAGUGGAUGGUGGCAGCACUCUCUUUAAUGUAUAUUAUUGAGUGGAUGGUGGCAGCACUCUCUUUAAGUUAUAUUCACCUUUUUACUGUACUCUUGUAAUACUUCUACUACUCUACUUUACUUUUUAAGUGGUGGUGGGUCAGUAUACAGUACACAGUGGUGGUGGGUCAGUAUACAGUACACAGUGG